AAUCUUGGACUAUCAAAAACAAAAAGAAAAGCCAUUUGUUAGUUUCUCUCGCCCUUGAAGUAUGGCCUUGAUAGAAAGGAAACAAUCCAAAACUGAACAAAAUGAAGGUAUUUUAAAGUUGAAGAGAUAUUUGAUCAGUAUACACUUUGAAAAUAGCAUCUUGAUUUCUGUACUUUCAUAUUGGAAUUGCUAUCAGCUGUACAUCUAUUGAAGUCUAUUUCCCCCAGAGAAUCGACAACAGUGGCGCGCUGCGGUAAAGCCUAUUUGUAGUCUUUUUGAAACCAAGCAUAGUGGUCCUUUAUGGCGAACGGAUUUUUUUUUUACUACAUAUUCCGGUAAAUUCUUAAUCGUUUUUUCUGUUGUACUGACUGACAAGACAGUUGUGCGCUGGGAACCAGGCUAGCGAAUUUUGUGCCUUAUUGUAUAUUCUUCGCAGAAUGGGAAUAUCAGAUGUAACAUUUGACACAACUGGUCCCGUGGUGGACUUGUCAGCCCAGGGUCUGCAGAAGCUGGAGCCCAGUUUCACCUGCUCUGAUGAAACACACACGCUCAUUCUGGACCGGAACCACAUCAUGAAACUAGACCAUUUGGAGAGGAGCCAAGGCCUCCAACAGUUAUCUGUUGUUGGAAACCGCCUGGUGCGAAUGAUGGGUGUGUGUCGUCUGACCGAGCUGAGAGUUCUGAACCUGCCCAAUAACAGUAUUGGCUAUAUUGAAGGGCUGAGAGACCUGCCACACCUGGAGUGGCUCAACUUGGCAGGCAACAACAUCAAGGUCAUUGAGCAGCUCAACAAUUGUGUGGCUCUCCAACACUUGGACCUGUCUGAUAACAACAUCUCCAACAUUGGUGAUGUUACCAAGCUGUUAGCCUUAAAGACCCUUCUCCUCCAUGGAAAUAGCAUUACGACGCUGCAGACCAUUCCCGCUCAUUUGCCCAUCCAUCUGUCCAUCCUCUCCCUGGCAGAGAAUGAAAUUAGAGACCUCAAUGAGGUCUCCUACCUGGCACCCCUCCAUGACCUGGAACAGCUCUCCAUUAUGACUAACCCCUGCGUCAUGGUAACCCCCUCGUUGCCUCGAUACGACUACCGGCCGUACAUCAUGAGCUGGUGUCUGAAUCUCAAGAUCCUAGAUGGAUAUGUGGUGUCUCAGAAAGAAGGGUUGAAGGCAGAGUGGCUGUACAGCCAGGGCAAAGGUCGAUCAUACCGGCCAGGUCAGCAUGUGCAGCUGGUCCAGUACUUGGCCACAGUGUGCCCUUUGACCUCCACGCCAGCCCUGGAGACCGCGGAGGAUGCCAAGCUGGAGAAGAUCCUCAGCAAGCAGAGGUUCCACCAGAGGCAGCUCCUGCAGCAGACCCAGGGGGGCUUCCCCAGCCCUCCCCGCCCCACCCAACUGGAUGUGGAGACUCAAAGCCCCCGCCAUGUGCCUCUAAUAGAGAAAGACAGAGCCACGACGCCUGUGACUGCUCCAUCAACCAGACCGACAGAGCUGGCGACGGUGCAGGUGAACACCUGGCUAAGCUGCGACCCCUCCCAGGCCGCACCUCCUCUCCUUGGCCUCAGGGGUGUGGAGGAGCGCCUCUACCCGGAGGAUGUCCAGAGCCAGACAGAUGAGUACAAACUCAACGGCAGCCUGCUCUCCUCAGAGUCCACCUUCCUCCUAGUCACCUCUGAAUCCCCCCGCUCUGACAGUGAGGAUGAGACGGAGACGUUUGAUCAUGACUCGCUGGUGCCCGAACACCCCAUUCAUCCCGAAAAGACCCAACAGGCACCCUUGGGGAGAGGGAGUGAGAGCCAGAAGGAGAAGGAGAGAAAGAUGGAGAGAGAAAGGGUGUCAGGUGACAGCCACCUCACCUGUACCUUAACCUCAACUGCCGGUCUACCUAUGAUGGGAGAUGACCAAUCACAGACCAAUGACAGUGCUCCGUUCCAGGGAGCAUACUCAAACUGCAAUGCUGUAGAGGUGAGGGCGGGGUCUAAGCAGGAAGAUAAAGCAGUGGUGAGAUGUGAUAGGCUGGGCCGCUGUGAGGCGGACAGGGCAGCCGUCAGGAUCCAGGCAUGGUGGAGGGGAAUGUGGACUCGGCGCUGCCACCCGCUGGCCAAAGAGGUGCGGUGUGAGAUCCGCCUGCGCAGGAUGCAGGAUCACAUAGUCUUCCUUUCUGGAGAGUUUGAGAGAGUGAGGCAGCAGCAUGAAGAGGAGAGGUUGCAGAGACUGGUACAGGAGGAGGCUGUGAGGUUUCUAUGGAGGCAGCUUCAGUCCAUGCAGCAGUGGCAGCGUUCUGUAGAGGGGCAGCUGGCCAGCGUGACUCAGGCCGGGUCAUCUCUUGUUCCAGCCCUGACCUUCGGGCUUUGUCCCCCAGCUCUUCCACUCCCCCUACCUCUGGCCUCCAGCACUGCAAACUCGGCCUGUACAGUCCUCUCCUUCCCAGACUCGGGGUUCCAGUCAACAGAUGAACUGCAGGUGGGGCAGGAAGACACUUUCCUGAGCUGUGGGACGGGCGACUCUCUGGAGACUGUGCGGCCGCUGGUUGUGGGGGGGUCCCUGGCUCCUUGUGGUGGGGGGAACAGUCAGGACUACAGUCUGCUAGAGCAGUACCUGUCCUCCGUGCAACAGCGAGAGGAGGAGGCAGAGGAGGGGGGUGCCAGCAACAGAACAGGCACACCACAGCCGCCCUCAUCUGCCGAAACAGCACAGCCUGACUCCCCCGCUCAGAACACAGGAGACAAACACAGAGCAGCAACACACACACUGGAAAGUCCAAUCUGAAGUGCCUGUCCCGCUCCUAGUCUUCUGGGAUUGGCUAAGACACUGCCCAUAAACUCAGUCCAUCUGUGCUGAUGAAUGUUAUUGAUGGCUCUAACAGCGCCUCAUAGAACUUACUGACUAACAUCCAUAUAGUGAGUGGCAUAUGGACUCACGAAUGUGUAUACAUUCAUCUAGCCUGGAUGACUUUUCUCAUUUUGACUUUAAAUCUCUUGGACUGCUGCUAGCCUGGAGACCUGACUGUUCCUGCAUUCAAUAAUGCUUUGUUGGUUGCCAUGAUUUGUCAGUCCAAGGACAAUUAGGCUAAUGCUUGAUUAACAUUCGGGAGACGUGGGAACGACAGUCCCAGCUUCCGACACCUGAGUUUUUACGUACACGGCAGACAUGCAAUUUAGACCGGUGCUAAAAAUGUUAAUCCAUGACAUGCCCCAACAUUAAGUUUACGCAUUAAGUACAUCUACCCUCCAACUUUGGUCAUCUGCAACUUCCCUGUCUGUCAUGCUCAGGCAGUGGUGGAAAAAGUACCCAGUUGUCAUACUUGAGAGUAAAAGUAAAGAUACUAUAGAAAAUGACUGAAGUGAAAGUCGCCGAGUAAAAUUCUACUCAAGUAGAAUUUUACAAGUAUUUGGUUUUAAAUAUACUUAAGUAUCAAAAGUACAAGUAUAAACAAUUUCAAAUUCCUUAUAUUAAGCAAACCAGAUCACAUUUUAUUUUCUCUUUACGGAUAGCCAGGGGCACGCUCCAACACUUAGACAUCCUUUACAAACGAAGCAUGUGUUUUGUGAGUCCGCCAGAUCAGAGGCAGUAGGGAUGACCGGCGAUGUUCUUGAUAAGUGUGUGCAUUAGACCAUUUUCCUGUCCUGCUAAGCAUUAAAAAUAUAACGAGUACUUUUGGGUAUCAAGGAAAAUGUAUGGAGUAAAAAGUACAUAACUUUCUUUAGGAAUGUAGUCAAGUAAAGUUGUAAAAAAUAUAAAUAGUAAAGUAUAGAUACCCCCAAAAACUAAGUAUUUUUUACUUAACAUAAGCAUGAGGUUUAAAGUACUUAUCUGUAUUUAUCCCUAUUUAUUUAUCCAUCACAUUAUGGCAUUUAUGUCCUUUUCCCUCUUGUUCUGUUUUACAGACCACAACCCUCCUAAAGCCCAUUCCAAACCCCUUAACCACCAAACCCUAAACCUUCAUUACCCAAACUCCAUCAAACCUUCCUCGCUGACUUUUCUGUAUGAAUAAAUAUCAAAACGAGACCCUCGCUUUCUGGCGUUCAUUAUGCAUUCUCACCGAUAACCCACAAUUGCAAUAUAACCCAGCAGUCAGUAACGUUAUACAUAAUUUAUAGGGCUGUCAGUGUUUCAGUUAACUUUUAGUAAUUUUAGUGCACAAAAAAAAAAAAAAAAAGUGUGCAUUGAUGACCUGACGCAUGAAAGAAAGUCACGACUGGGCUGAUGGAAACAUGAAUUGCUCUUAAAAUUGUAUAAAUGCCUACAAACAA